CAUGGAGUAUUUAUGAACAGGCACAGACAAGGGACACCUGGGAAAGUGAUUAGGGGACGGGGUUACAAAUGAGAAAACUAGGGCUUUUCCUCAAUCAGCGGUUUCGUCUGUGCCCGUGUUCCUGUGGACUCGAGAAACGUAAUCAGUCGCAGCCCAAGUACUGUUCCAUUUAGAAGUUUGCAGUUAGCCAAGUACACAACAAACACCCAGUUGAGUUCUUGCUCUUCCCACAUUAUUGAGGAUGCAUGGAAGGUGACUUGUGUGGACUUCUUACAGCCUGAUAACCCAGAAUGCACCUCGCCGCAGUAUCAGCAGAGGAGAAAGUACCUACCUGGAGAAGCAGCUAUGCUGAAGACAGGAGGAAAGAAUGGAGCAGGAAGUAAGCAGACAGACAUGACAGAAGAGAAGGAGGAGGAGAGGCUAGUGAACCUGCAGCAGAAAGCACAGGCUGAGGAAGAAAAUCCCAGAAGAACUGAAGACAUGCUGACUCAGUUCCUCAAGGUAUUAAGCACACUGGAGGACAAAGCUCUUUGGCCUCAGAGACAGACCUCUGCUCGUCUCUUUGGAGAAAAGCACACAGUGCUGUGGAAAGGAAAGGACCAGUGAUUAAUGACUAAUCUAUAUCCUUGAAGCCCACCUAAGAUGUGCCGUCAUGGAUAGUGAGAGGCAGCUGUGACGCAUCAUGUGCUGAAAGAUACUGCAGACCAUUCCUGUUCUUCUUUGUGCUUGUGUGUGUGUUCUAAUUGACUGAUAUAAAAAUGAACCUCAAAAGACAUGGAUUGUUCCAAGGUCUUCUUCUCUGAUCACUUUCUAAUCAACUGAGAGAGCCUUUUGAUUUGAGAAAAGAAGACAGAAUCGUUUGAGUAUAAAAUAAGAACGGAAAUGUCUUCUUUCUGGGUCAUUGCGUGUGGGCGCAAUGAUAUUGCUUUGUGUUUGCUGAUCCUCCUCAGCCUGUUCUCGGUAACAUUGACGGCGAAACCCAAAGGCCCAGGCCAGUCCCAUCUCAACUCUAUACGCAUUGAUGGAGACAUCUCUCUCGGGGGUCUGUUUCCUGUUCACGCCCGGGGCCACAACGGAAAGCCCUGUGGGGAGCUGAAGAAAGAGAAGGGCAUCCAUCGUCUGGAGGCCAUGCUCUUCGCUUUGGACCGUAUUAACAAUGAUCACGAGCUGCUCCCCAACAUCACUCUGGGGGCCCGUAUCCUGGACACCUGCUCGCGGGACACUCACGCUCUGGAGCAGUCGCUCACAUUCGUCCAGGCACUGAUAGAGAAGGAUGGGACGGACGUGAAGUGUCAUGGAGGUGGCUCCCCCAUCAUCACCAAACCUGAGAGAGUUGUAGCCGUGAUUGGCGCUUCCUCCAGCUCCGUGUCCAUCAUGGUGGCGAACAUCCUCCGCCUGUUUAAGAUCCCCCAGGUGAGCUACGCUUCAACAGCGCCAGAGCUGAGCGACAACACGCGCUACGACUUCUUUUCCCGAGUGGUUCCGCCAGACACCUACCAGGCCCAGGCCAUGGUGGACAUCGUGCGCUACAUGGGCUGGAACUACGUCUCCACCGUAGCUUCUGAGGGGAAUUACGGAGAAAGCGGAGUGGACGCCUUCAUCCAGAAGUCCCGCGAGGACGGAGGUGUGUGUAUCUCCCAGACGGUUAAAAUCCCCCGUGAGCCCAAAGCUGGAGAGUUUGACAAGAUCAUUCAUCGGCUGAGUGAGAACCCCAACGCUAGAGUGGUCAUUAUUUUUGCAAACGAGGAUGACAUAAGGAGGCUACUGCAGUCCGCAAAGAAAGCUAAUCUGACUGGCCACUUCUUGUGGGUCGGGUCAGAUAGCUGGGGUUCUAAAAUAUCUCCAGUGCUCCACCAGGAAGAAAUGGCAGAGGGAGCCGUCACUAUCCUACCUAAACGCCAGUCAAUUAAAGGGUUUGAUCGUUACUUCAUCAGCCGAACGCUGGAAAACAACAGGAGGAACAUCUGGUUUGCUGAGUUUUGGGAGAACAAUUUCAGCUGCAAGCUCAACCGCCAUGCCGUGAAGAAAGGAUCGGGCCUGAAGAAAUGCACAAAUCAGGAGAGGAUCGGUAAGGACUCCUCGUACGAGCAGGAGGGUAAAGUGAUGUUCGUGAUCGAUGCCGUUUACGCCAUGGCCCAUGCACUCCACAACAUGCACAGCGACCUGUGUCCAGGCAAGGUCGGGCUCUGUCCCAAAAUGGACCCUAUUGACGGAACCCUGCUGUUGAAGUACAUCCGCGAUGUCAAGAUCACAGGCAUCGCUGGCAAUCCAGUGCAGUUCAAUGAGAACGGGGAUGCUCCAGGUCGGUAUGAUAUAUAUCAGUACCAGAUUAAUAACAGAACUGCAGAAUACAAAAUCAUCGGCCACUGGACUGACCAGCUCAACCUGAACGUGCCAGCAAUACAGUGGCCAGGUGGAGUGAAGCAAGUGCCCUCCUCCAUAUGCAGCCAGCCCUGCAAGCCCGGCUGGCGCAAGAAGAUUGUGAAGGGCAUCCCCUGCUGCUGGCACUGUGAGCGCUGCGACGGGUACCAGUACCAGGCCGACCCGUACACCUGCAAGAUGUGCCGCUUCGACAUGCGCCCCAACAAGAACCACACGGGCUGCCAGAAAAUCCCUAUAGUUCAGCUGGAGUGGAGCUCACCAUGGGCUGCCAUGCCUGUCCUCAUCGCCAUCUUGGGUAUCAUGGCUACAUUGUUUGUGGUAGUCACCUUCGUUCGCUACAAUGACACGCCAAUCGUGAAAGCAUCUGGACGUGAGCUCAGCUACGUCCUGUUGACCGGCAUCUUCCUCUGCUAUGCCACAACAUUCCUGAUGAUCUCCACACCCGGGGUUGGGAUCUGCUCACUCCGACGCAUCUUCCUAGGCCUGGGGAUGAGCAUCAGCUACGCUGCUUUGCUGACUAAAACCAACCGUAUUUACCGUAUUUUUGAGCAGGGGAAAAUGUCAGUGAGCGCCCCUCGCUUCAUCAGCCCGGCGUCGCAGCUGGUCAUCACCUUCAGCCUGAUCUCAGUCCAGCUCUUAGGAGUGUGUAUCUGGUUCAUGGUGGACCCUCCCCAAGCUUUCAUUGACUAUGAGGACCAGCGCAUGGCCAAACCAGAACUAGCGCGAGGCGUGCUUAAGUGUGACAUCUCAGACUUGUCGCUAAUCUGCCUGCUGGGCUACAGCAUGCUGCUGAUGGUCACCUGCACGGUCUAUGCCAUCAAGACGCGUAGAGUGCCAGAAACCUUCAACGAGGCAAAGCCCAUCGGCUUCACCAUGUACACCACGUGCAUCAUCUGGCUAGCGUUCAUCCCCAUCUUCUUUGGCACUGCGCAGUCCACAGAAAAGAUGUACAUCCAGACGACCACUUUGACCAUCUCAGUCAGCCUGAGUGCCUCUGUGUCUCUGGGGAUGCUCUACAUGCCCAAAGUCUACGUGGUUCUCCUUCACCCUGAGCAGAACGUGGCAAAGCGCAACACUCGCAGCCUGAAAGCUGUGGUCACUGCCGCCACCAUGUCCAACAAGUUCAACCCCAAGGUCAGCCUACGGCCCAACGGAGAGGCCAAGACUGAGCUGUGUGAGAACCUGGAAACUCAAGGACUUAGCCCCAAACAAACAUACAUCAGCUAUAGCAACCAUGCAAUCUAGCAAAAGUGCUAAAAGGCCACUUCCUAAGAGUGACUUGUGGAAGACAGCAUCUAAAGAUGAACCACUCUUAUGGUUUCCAGAUGGAGGAGAGAUAUGAAAACGACCUGCGGACACCACGGAAAUGUUCUGGAGUUCUGGUCACAGAAGAUCCCGAGGAGGAAAAUUGGGACGUCCACAACGUUUCAGUGAUGGCACUGUAUGUUCCAUGCUCUGGUCUUCAGCAGAACAGUCUCCGUGCUGGAACCACCUGCGAAAAUUCCAUUACAGCUUGUUUGAACCUGUUCUACUUUCAGAUGUCAUACAUCUGAUGUCAUACACUGCAGAAGGACCAAACAUCAACAUCAACUUUCAGGUAUGCAUACACAGAGGGGUGUCUACAAUAAAAUAUCUUAAAAAAAAAAAAAAAAUCAAGAAAUCUCUUUUUCCCAGCAGGGUUCCUCAUGUUUUCCUCUUUGAGAUGGCAACAGCAAAGACCAUUGUUUACAGAUGUUGAGCAUGCUGGUUUUGGCAUCCUGUGUUGUGUUGGUUUUUUUUUAAAGAACAUAUCUGGAAUGCUUUUAAAACCAUGUUGCUGUGUUGUUACCACAAUAUGAGCCCUUGUGAUAUCAAAACUGUUUUUGGUGUAUGGAGUGGUCUUUGGGGUAAUGUUCGCUUGUGCUUGAGUACAAAAAAAAAAACGUUUAUUAAGUCAACAUACCCUGCGCUGUGGGCCAAAAGCACUCAAUAGCCGUCACUGCCAAUCAUGCUUUGGCACAAUUUGAAACCACGUUUAAUAGAAGGGGUGACAUUAAAGCACAUUGAAAGUCUUCUAGGACUCCAAAAUCCAUUCAACUCCCAGUGUCCUAUUCUGUUUGGCCAGUAAAAAAAAAAAGGUUUAAAAAAAAAAAAAAAAAAAAGCACAGUAUGCAUAAAUCUUUUACUGAGUUAUAGAAAAUAACUGUAGGAAAGAGCAGGUAAGGUACUAAUAUGAAGCACACAGACAGGCGUUAUACUGCAGCACAGCAUUUUGUGGAUGUUCUGUGAAUUUAAGAUUCACUUCUUAUGAUUUUUCCCUCUGUUUUUCUUUACUUUUUUGCACUGUUUGUGUUGCCAAAAUAUGUUCAUGUUGACAGUGCUAAAUGGCAACUUAAUGUGUGUUUCCUGAUUGGUAAUGUUUGCAUUUCGUCCUAGGAAAAAAACUGGAAAAAAAAAAACUGAAAAAAAAAAAAGAAAUCAGAAACAGUGCCUGUACUAAAGUAUUUGUAAAAUAGGAAAAUUGAGGUAUGUGAAGCAUGAUCAUUUUUAUACAUACGUUGUUUCUAAUAAAAGUAUUUUUCAAAACU